CGAUUUUUAACGGUACGAAGGGGAUUGGGAACUUCUUAGUGAAUCUUUGUAUCGUUUUAAUCCGUUUUAUCAGAAUUGAACACAUGGUGAGUGUAUGUGGUAGUGAGAGCACGUUGGAAAUUGCCGAUGCGCAGACGAGUCAAGAAAUGAAUUCCAUAAUAUAUUAAUUCAUUUAUUGAAACGGUUACGUUACGAUUGGAAUAUUGCCAUUAACUUACGAGAUUAUAAUUAAAAAGAGAUCGGAGGCAGGAAAACUAACAGACAAGUGACAAAUGAAGAUAGAAGACUUAGACAAAACUGUGAUACGAAUCGAUGGACACUCCACUUUUUUAAAUAAGAAAACUGUACUAUAAUGACAUGUCUAGAGAAUCAACGGUUGUGACGUAAAACUUUACUUUUAUUGGAUAAUGGACGGUGCUACCAAGAAAACCAGAAAACCAAACCCUAGAGAAAAUGCAUUUCCUUUAUCAGCAGCUACUUUCAGUUAUAUUAUCCCUACUUUCAUUGAAGGAUAUAAAAGAGAUUUAGAGGAAUCGGAUUUAACAGAAACUUUGUCAGAACACAGAUCAGAUUAUUUAGGAAACACAUUAGAAAAUUAUUGGAAACAAGAGGAACAAAGAGCAAAGAAAAAUGAAACACAGCCUUCUUUACAAAAAGUACUUCUCAAAACGUUCGGAUGGGAGUAUCUUUUCUUGGGAAUUAUUUUAGUAAUUGCAGAGGCUGUCAAAUUAGCGCAACCAAUUGUACUUGGUAGGCUGGUACGAUAUUUUGACAUUCAAUAUCAAAAAACUUCGAUAACAUCCAGUCUGAAUGAUAAUCUGAACGUUACGUUAUUCAAUACCACUGAUGAUUUGCUACGCUCACGCCGGAACGUAGAUCCGGAUUCUCAGUACUCCUUCUUACAGAUUGAAAUAACACAUGAAGAGGCAUACUACUAUGCUGCUGGUGUGGUACUGUGUUCCCUAAUUUCUAUUUUAUUGAGUCAUCCGUAUAUGUUCGCAGUAUGUCACAUGGGAAUGAAAAUUAGGGUAGCUUGUUGUUCAUUGAUCUACAGAAAAGCUCUAAGACUCAGCAAAACAGCACUAGGAGAUACCACUGCUGGACAAAUCGUGAAUCUUUUAUCGAAUGAUGUUAAUAGAUUUGAUUAUGUUGUUAUUUUUGCUCACCAGAUGUGGUUAGCGCCUCUCGAGACUGUUGUUUGUACUUAUUUCAUGUAUCAGGAAGUUGGAGUUGCUGCCGUUAUAGGAGUUUUAGUUGUGAUUGCUUUUGUUCCCUUACAAGCUUAUUUGGGUAGGAUGAUCUCAGUUCUACGUAUGAAGACGGCACUAAGGACCGAUGAAAGAGUUCGAUUAAUGAAUGAAAUUUUAUCAGGUAUACAGGUUAUCAAAAUGUAUGCUUGGGAAAAACCGUUUGCAAGUAUGGUAGCAAAAGCUAGAAGGUACGAAAUAAAAUCCAUCCGAAGCAAUUCAUUUUUAAGAGGUAUUUUCCUAUCAUUCAUUAUGUACAAUACAAGAAUGGCCUUAUUCGUUUGUAUAUUAGCGUAUGUGUUGGAUGGCAAUUCGAUUACAGCAGAAAAAGUUUUUGUACUUACUACCUAUUACAAUGUCCUCCGCCAAUCCAUGACUGUAUUUUUCCCUCAAGGUAUCGCUCAAAUAGCAGAAGGUAGAAUGUCUGUGAAGAGGCUUAAUAAAUUCAUGUUGUUUGAAGAAAUUGAUCUGGUCAAAAAUAGAAUGUCGAAUCUUCUAGAUACGAGCGGUAGUUUAAUGUCUGCGCCUUUGAAUGGAAUUGAAAAACCAGAAAAAGAGGAGCUCGGAAUAAGUUUAACUAAUGUUUCAGCCAAAUGGAGUGAAAUGUCUGUCGAUAAUACCCUAACAAAUAUCAAUCUAAAGAUUAAACCUGGGCAACUUUUGGGUGUAAUUGGCCCGGUAGGCAGUGGCAAAAGCUCUUUACUUCAUGUCAUACUCCAAGAACUGCCUUUAGUGGAAGGAAACCUUAAAAUAAAUGGUGUUAUUAGUUACGCUUCCCAAGAACCGUGGUUAUUCGCAGGAAGUGUCAGACAAAAUAUUCUUUUUGGCCAACCCAUGGAUAAAUUGAGAUACAAGACUGUGAUAAAAAAAUGUGCCUUGGAAAGAGACUUUACACUCUUGCCUUACGGAGAUAAGACUAUAGUUGGAGAUAGAGGAGUUUCUCUCAGUGGUGGUCAAAGAGCAAGAAUUAAUCUCGCCAGAGCAGUAUACAAGCAAGCAGAUAUUUAUUUGUUAGAUGAUCCUUUAUCUGCAGUAGAUACUCACGUAGGAAAAGAACUGUUUGAACAGUGCAUUAUCGGUUACUUAAAAAAUAAAACUGUGAUAUUAGUUACCCAUCAAAUCCAGUAUUUACAAGAUAUCGACUCUAUAUUAUAUUUAGAUGAUGGAGUUCCAACAACAGGAAGUUUCCGAGAAUUGCAAGCCAGUGGUCUCGAUUUUACAAAAUCACUAGGAGAUUCUGUCAAAGAAAAAGAAGCACCGCCAGAAGCGGAACUAUCUCGUCAGUUGUCAGUGAGAAGUACAGUUUCUGUUGAACAAGAAGCACCCAAACAGGUGGAAGAACAGAAAAGCACAGGAUCUAUUGGAGGAUAUGUGUACAAGUCGUAUUUUAAAGCUGGAGGAAAUUGUUGUGUCAUAUUUUUCAUCUUCUUCUUUUUCAUUGCUUCACAAUUAUUCGCCAGUAUUUCUGAUUAUUAUUUGUCUUAUUGGGUAAAUAUAGAACAAGAAGAAAAAACGGCGAAGUUAACAGGAGCAUCAAACAAUACAUCAAUUACUAGCUUUUGGCAUUUUUCUCGAGAAACUUCCAUUUAUAUCUACACAAUUCUCAUAGUACUUUUAAUUGUGGUGACUAUGAUUCGUUCUUUUACUUUUUUCAUCGUUUGUAUGCGUGCUUCUACCAGACUCCAUGAUAACAUGUUCAACAAUAUAUCUAGAGCCACAAUGAGAUUUUUCAACACCAAUAGCGCCGGAAGAAUUUUGAAUAGAUUUUCUAAAGAUAUGGGUUCCAUUGAUGAAUUAUUACCAGCUGCUAUGAUUGAUUGUCUUCAAAUUGGAUUAUCUCUUCUUGGUAUUAUUGUUGUUGUAGCAGUAGUCACACCAUGGUUGAUGCUACCUACCUUUAUCAUUGGUGUUGUCUUCUAUUUUGUUAGAAUAUUUUAUUUAAGAACCAGUAGAAACGUUAAAAGACUGGAAGGUGUUACAAGGAGUCCAGUAUUUUCUCACCUAAACGCAUCUAUUUCGGGAUUAACUACAAUUCGAGCAUUCAAUGCAGAAGAUAUUUUAACUGUGGAAUUUGAUAAUCAUCAAGACUUGCAUAGCUCUGCUUGGUUUACCUUCAUAGCAACUUCUAGAGCUUUCGGUUAUUGGUUAGAUAUACUAUGUGUUGUUUACAUAACACUUGUAACUUUCAGUUUUCUAUUGAUUGGCAAUAGCAGUUUUGGAGGUAACGUAGGUUUGGCUAUAACACAGGCGAUAGGACUUACAGGGAUGUUCCAGUGGGGAAUGCGGCAGUCGACAGAAUUAGAAAAUCAAAUGACGGCCGUGGAAAGAGUAUUGGAAUACAAUGACAUAGAAAAAGAAGGCGAAUUAGAAUCAAAGCCAGACAAGAAACCAAGAAGUUCAUGGCCAGAGAAUGGCAAAGUGGAAUUUAAAGAUGUGUAUUUGCGAUACUUUCCAGAUGAUCCUUUCGUCCUUAAAGGACUAAAAUUCGUUGUGCAAUCUAAAGAAAAAAUUGGUAUUGUUGGUAGAACUGGAGCUGGAAAAUCGUCCCUUAUAAAUGCUUUAUUUCAAUUAACUGAAACUGUUGGAGAAAUAUUAAUAGAUGAUGUCAACAUAUCUGAAAUUGGACUACACGAUUUGCGUAGAAAAAUUUCUAUUAUACCACAAGAACCCGUCCUGUUUUCUGGUACAAUGAGAAAAAAUCUGGACCCUUUCGACGAGUUUUCAGAUGCCGAUCUUUGGAAAGUUCUUGAAGAAGUCGAACUUAAAGAAGCCGUAGAAAAUUUAGUUUCAGGCUUAACUUCUAAGAUGUCUGAAGGAGGUUCAAAUUUCAGUGUUGGACAACGUCAACUCGUUUGUUUAGCAAGGGCUAUUCUUAGAAAUAAUAAAAUCUUAGUUUUGGAUGAAGCUACCGCAAAUGUUGAUCCUCAAACAGACGCCCUUAUACAACAGACCAUACGGACAAAAUUCGCAGAUUGUACAGUGCUCACUAUUGCACACAGAUUGAACACUAUUAUGGAUUCUGAUAAAGUUCUAGUCAUGGACGCCGGAACACUGAAAGAAUUUGAUCAUCCUUAUCUGUUAAUACAAAACCACAAUAGUAUAUUUUACAGUAUGGUACAACAGACUGGAAAAUCUAUGGUAGAAACUCUGUUUAACGUUGCCAGAGAAAGUUAUUAUGAGAGAUUCGACAAAAACGCGUAAUAUUUUGUAGGAAAGUAUAUUUCUUACAGGGUUUUUUCUUCAUUGGUAAACGGUCUUUGCGCCAAUGAAGUAAAUCUUAGAAUGUGUAACACUAUUUUUUUAUUGUUUAAUUACUGAAUUUAUUCAUAUGAAUUCGAUAAUUUUUACCUAAAUGCAUUGCGAAAAUAACGAGUUUCUUUACAAAUUAAUUGUAAAAUGUUUUUUAGAAAAUAAUUUUAUAACCUAAAAAAACUAAAAUGAAUGUGUCCAAUAGUCCAUUAAAAUGAUUAUUUGAAUCAUCAUACGAAAGUUGAGGCUACAAUUUUCAAUAUAAGUUGAUUUAUAGUGAAAAAAUGUUUAAUGUCAAUUUGGGGGAUAGAAAAUGAAAAAAGUAAAAAUAACCCAAAACCAAAACAUCUUUCAAACAAAAAUGUGGAUAUUAAUUUUUUCUAUAAAAUAAAAGUGUUGAGAAAUAACUUCAGAGAUAUACUUUUUUAAAUAUAAUCAAAAGUUCAAAUAUUUUUAUUUUUAAAAAUGUUUUUUUUUUCGAACAUCUAAAAAAAUUUAUUUAUGUUUCAACAUUUUUACCUUGGACACGAUAUUUUUUUUAAAUUUUAAUUAAAAAAAUUUCACAUUUUUGAAAGAUACACUAUGACUUUUGAAUAAAUUUAAUAAAAAAAAUAUAUCUGUAAAGUAAUCAACAUUUUUUAAACGAUAAAUUCUUUAAAUAUAUGCUAAAUUCACGAGAAAAAUACUACGUGAAAAUUUGAAUUUACAUUUUAUUAGACUAUAAUCUGACAAGUGACAAAUUACUAUUGGUUUUUGGAGUUUGCUACUUGCUCAUAUUUUCUGUUGGAAUUUAAGCAUAAGAUCACUAGAAAUUCUCAGUUUAUUUUAGUGCUAUAUCACCAUACUAAAGUGGUUGUGCUGGAUUCAACGCUAUAAUAUAUAAUUCUAUUGAACAAAUGUUGAAUAAAUUUGAGAUAUUUAGUAUAUUAUAUUUAAUCAUUAUAUUAAUUUAUUGCACUUUUCAAUGUUUAUAUUGGUUGAUCCAAAAAAUAGUUUGUUGAGAAAAGCGUUAUUUUCACAUACAUAUACAAAAAAUAGUAGAAGUUACAUUUAGGACUGAAGUGAUAAGACAAUUCAAAUAUCCAGAUUUAGAAAUAUAAUUGAAAACAGGACAAGUCUAUAUUUUUAUUAUGUUAUGAGUAAAAAACCAUUAAUUUUGUUACGGUUCCGAAAAAUAUCGGAAAUUUAUUUAUUUGUUUCUAGAAAUUAGGUUUACUGAUUAACUGUUCACCAGAAUGCCUUAGAACUAAGAAAGAGCAGUUUCGAAAAAUAUUUUGAAAACUUCAACUUGUCCGGUUUUUCACCAGUCUUCAUUAAUUGAAAUUAACAUUAGGAUGUUUUACACUAAUUUUAGAUUUUGAUAGUGACUCUUUUUUAUUUUAUAUUUAACUAAAGCCGGAUUUCAUUCAGUAUUACUUGCAGAAUUUUAUAAAUUUUUAGUCAAAUUAUUUCUAUUUUUAAUUGAUCUGUGGAAUUCAAGUUCCUAUUAAUAAACCAAAUUGUUGUUAAAAUGACUUCUUUAGAAAAGUCAGUUAAAUUUAGUUUGCUAAAAUACAUUAUUUCUAUUUUUCCGAGUCACUUUUGUUUUUAUAUAUGUAUAUGUGCUGUUUGUUAAAUUUUCAAUCAUAUUAUAUUUGUAAUAAAAAAUGUAAAAUGAAAAAAAAAUAAAUAAAUAUAUUUCAUGUA